AAAGAAGUGUAAGUUAUCUGAAUUGUUCCCCUGUGAUUGAGCAAGAAAAGCGUAUCAUAAUCAUCACAUUGCGUCAUAGGACAUGCAAGAUUCUGACAAACUGUUCUCCAAGCCCAAACUUCCCCAGGAUGAGAGUCUGUGACUCCUGAAGGUAUGACAAUGGCUAAUUGUCAGAGUAGUGUCAAGAAUCCUGACACAAUGGCAACUGGAAACCAAUCUACAACUCUCACUGCCACACCCGGGCCACGCCUAUCUCAGUACAGUGUCAGUAAUCUUGUUGAGAGUGUCCAUAGGUUGGAGAGGUUGUGUUGGUAUGUUAUGGUUCUCUGGAGGAUCAUUGUCUUUCUAUUCAGAUGGGAAUCGCCUUUUGUCACAUUGUCAUUUUGGAUCACAUCACUUCUCAUCUGCUACUUUAUGGAGUCUGGUCAGAUAAUGGCUAGUAGUCUGGUGCUCCUCUUCCUGCUGGCAGGAUCUGGAGGUGUUGUGAAUUUCAAACUCCAAGAGCAUGGUCCUUCAAGGUCCAAGACCCAACCGUCAUCCAACUCACCAGCAAGCUUUACAAAUCCCCAACAGGGGGUGGAGCAGAGUCCCGCCUGCAUCGAGCAGCAACAGAAGAAAGGACGAGAAGUUCUGGCUGAGUAUCGCCAACUGAUGCUUCAAGCUCAGGACUGGCUGAACUCAGCGUGCAACAUGUUGGAAAGACUGCAUGGCAUACUUGGCUGGCAAGAUGCCACCUGGUCAUCAGUAUUUUAUGGGGGAAGCAGCGUCAUCAUUAUAUUGGUUUGUUUAUUGCCAUUGAGAUGGUUUGUCAUGGCAACCAUUAGCAGCAUCCUCUGCAUCAAUCGAGACUUUGUAGUGCUCCUCAAGCAGGUGUAUGAGUCUGCACAUUGUGACCACUUGUCGGAUGGCAACGAUAAGAAGAAAGAAGAAAAGAUUAUCAGACAUGAUGGGCUUGAGCAGGAACCCAAGGACAAACCAUCCACAAAGGUCGAGCCGGCCAUUCGUCAUGACAUCCAACAUCGCCCACUUCACCUCUGCCAAAAGAGCAAAUCUCUGGACGAAGCUGGGCCGAAUUAUUCCAAAGUAGCAGCGGCCAAUCGGAAUCGUUCAUCAACAGCUCCAGAACUCCCGACCCUUAAACUGAAUUCAGCAGGCAUGCCAGUUGAAGUCUGCUUCUUGUGUGGAACAAUGUUCACCUCUGUUUUGAAACGAAGGAGAUACUGUCGUUCUUGCGGUUAUCAGUUCUGUCAGAGAUGCUGCUUCAGAAAACUUCCCAGAUGUGUCUUCGGAGCCACUUCUCCAGCUGCUCAGACCGAGAAGGAACUCGUUUGUAAUACUUGUUACGCUACCAUGAAAGCAGAGGAUUCCACCCAAGUGUCUGGUGGCACGACAAUGGAAGAACGCUGAAAAGAACAAACGUCUCAGGUUUUGAAAUGAGGUCUUUGAGAAAUUUCAAGACAGUGUGCGCAAUGUGAUUUGCUCAGUUGUAAAUGGGUGUCGUAUUUGCCUUUCACCACUGUGACCUCGUCUGCGACUGUGGUUUUUUUUCUUUAUUAGCAAAGAUUGGAAUUAAAUGCAUAAAACGAUGUCACACAGUAUUAAACAAAAUAACAAGAAAAUUAAAAUGCCUCUUCGAUAACUGUAAGCAUUAUUUAUUAUAAUUGAAUUUGACGAAUUGAUCCUUUUACAACUUUCUCCAAAAAUCAUUAGUUUCUGUGGAACUAGAAAAUAGCUUCCAUGUAUUUUGAUCAAACUAUUUAAUGAAAGAGGACAUUAGAUAAGGAAGUCAUUGUAAUUUUCUAUUUGUCUCCAUGGGGCAACUCGAAAUCAAACUGCUAACUUUGUAUGCGUUUUAUUGCAAAUCAAAUUUGGUAAAAUGCUAGUAGAUGUAUCUGCUUCAGACUGGGCAUUUUCAACAAUCUGAAAAAUCUUUUUUGCACUUUCUAUGUAAAAAGCCAUGAUCUGAUCUGAUCAGGAAAAAGUUUAUGAAAGAUGGAAACUGCUCAUUAGCAUCUUAAUGUUGAUUUCAAUUUGAACGUUCUUUUAAAAUGCAGAUUUACUACUAUUCUAGUUUAAAGGUGUCCAAUUGGCCGGUUUUUGUGAUCCAGAAAUUGGAAGAUGUCAAGUUUUUAUGAAUCCUUUGAUGGCCCUUGAACCGGUGCUGAAAUUAGAAAGUGAAGAUGAAGUGCAUUAUGGGAGAUUUAAAUCUAUAUAUUUUUUCAUUGUAUUAAUGAUUGAUAUGUUAUUGUCCUAUGGUCAUGAGUUGUUCGUGUAAGGUUUGUGUAAUACCAUCUUUUAUGGUUUGGACGUGGUAUCUUCACAAUAUUUUUGUGUAAAUUCACCAUUUUAGGGUGUUGUUUGUUUUUGUACGGAAAAUGAUGACGUCCUGUGAUGUGCCGUUUAGUAAGUGUGUACUAAUGAAGAGGAUUAUCUCGCCGAGGCUGCAUGUUUUAAUUGAUUGGACAACUGUGAUUAAAGUGGCAUGUUUUUUUGGGGGGGGCAGACGUCUUAGUGGACGAUCCCAUCACCAAUCAGACUGGACUACUGAGUUGCACACUGCAGGGUGACUGAAGUCAUUUCAUUUAGUCUGAUUGAAAGUGUCCAACUGAUGGUGGUUGAAAAAGGACGAAAUGAAUACAAAACCUUACUGAAAACCUUUCUGUGAAUCUUGAAAGCUUCAACAUCUUUCAUGAGACACAGGUGAUGUAUUCCUACUCGUUGCUACAUAUACUAUUACUGUGUUUGAGUAGUAUUAGGACCUACUGGCUUAAGCUGCUGUCUAGUACUUUUGUUAGGAUAUAAUUUUCUUUUAUACUCUUCAAGGAACAAACUAUCCAGUGUUAACUAAAUUUCCAAUAUGACGUACGCUAUUCGGAAUUGUACUUCGGUGUAAUUUUUGCAACGAAUCCGUCGUAACUGAGGUUUAUCAGUUAAUAAUAAAAGCUGUAAAUUUUGUUGGCUGUGACGACAGUUCUAAGUGUAAUAUUGGAUAUCAAAGUUAACGUAAAUAUAUUUAUGUAUUUGCUGAGUAGCUCUUUGUUGAUGGCGUUCGUGUAAACUGAAAAAAUGCCGUGCUGAUCUGUGAGUUCACAAAUUUUUCGAAAUACCUAUCAACUCAAUUGUAAUAUUUAAUAGUGAAAUAAUAUGCUGUCUAUUACAUGUACAACGAAUAAAGAAAUGAACUUUGAUUAACCAGUCA